AGGAUGAGGUAGCCAUGUUGUUGUAGCGGUGACGGUGGCAAAGAGAAGCGACCCGGAGAACCUCUGCAUAGAACCUCUGCGUAGAACCUCUGCGUAGAACCUCAGUGCUCCGCUGCCCGCAGCCCCGCAGACCCGCAGCGGCACCAUGAGCGGCGGGACGCCCUACCUGGGCAGCAAGAUCAGCCUGAUCUCCAAAGCAGAGAUCCGCUACGAGGGCAUCCUGUACACCAUCGACACCGAGAACUCCACCGUGGCGCUGGCCAAAGUGCGCUCCUUCGGCACCGAGGACCGGCCCACCGACCGGCCCAUCCCGCCUCGAGACGACACCUUCGAGUACAUCAUCUUCAGAGGCAGCGACAUCAAGGACCUGACGGUGUGCGAGCCGCCCAAGCCGACAUGCUCUCUUCCUCAGGACCCGGCCAUCGUCCAGUCCUCCAUGAGCUCCAGCUCCUCGUCCUCGGCCGCCGCCGCCCCGACCCCGUUCCAGUCUGCCGGCUCCUACGGCCUCUUCAACCGGGCUCCGGUUCCUGCCUACAACCAGUUCAGCACCAGCCCCCUGGUUUCCCCCCAGUUUGGACCCGUUGGUGUUGGACGCAGCAGCCCCGGCCUGGACCCUUUAAGGAAGAGCCCCACCCUGGAGCAGGUGAUCCAGAGCGCCCCGUCGGCACCCCCCACCUCCACCACUACGGCCCCCGGCCUGGGACGCAGGAGCCCCCCCCACGCUCGCACGGCCCCGCCCACCUCCGGCCAGAAGAUCCAGCUUCAGGACGGCAUGGACACGAGGAGGGGUGAGACGGUCCGGGGAGGACGCAGCAGCCAUGGCUGGUCUGCACCGCGGACCAUCUCCUCCUCUCUGCUCUCGGCUGUAGAUAGAGCGCCCCCUGCAGGGCUCACUCACUCCGUCUUCAGCCACCCAGCGGCUGCUGGAGCUCCGGCUAACCGGCGAGGGCGGGGGGGUGGACACCGCGGCCGAGGACGCUUCAACGUCCGCCGGGACGGACCCAUGAAGUUUGAGAAGGACUUUGACUUUGAGAGCGCCAACGCUCAGUUCAACAAGGAGGAGAUCGACAGGGAGUUCCAGAGCAAGCUCAAGCUGAAAGACGAGAAGACGGAGAAGACGGAGAAAGCGGUGAAUGGAGAGGAGAAGGGCGACUCUGUAGCAGAGACCCAGACCAGUGAAGGAGGUGCUGAGGAGGAGGGAGACCCGCUGGGCCCCAACUGUUACUACGACAAGUCCAAGUCCUUCUUCGACAACAUCUCCUGUGACGACACCAGGAAAGCUAAUGAGAAGUCUGGAGUCUCCGGGUUCCCCAGGGAGCGGAGGCAGACCUGGGCGGAGGAGAGGAGGAUGAACGCAGAGACGUUUGGACUCCCUCUCCGUCACGGCCGAGGACGAGGAGGUUACCGUGGACGAGGAGGAAUGGGCUUCAGAGGAGGUCGGGGUCGCUCGGCAAGCCGAGGCUCCUUCGGUCCGCCGCAGGGAGGAGGCGGCUUCAGAGGAGGUUACCGGGGAAACCAGGCCGGCAGGGAGUUUGCUGACCUAUCAGCAUACAGGAAGGACAACAAAGUGUCAGCGUAGUCUUCAUGGAGAGGUUCUCCUCCAGGAACCCAGCGGUGUUCUGACUCAGAGAACCAGGACGUUCUACUAGUUGUAUAUUUGUCACCAGCACUGAGGACAGACGGCGAGAACACAACGGGAGACAACCAUCGCCAACAUCCCAUAAUAAGUUCUAAUAAUGUAUAAAUGUCAUGUUUCAUUUCUCUCCACCUCAAUCAGAUGCUGACACAUGUGAACACUCACCUUCAUCCCCCCCCUCUUCAUCCCCCCUCCUCCUCAUCCCCCUCCUCUGCAUCACCUCCUCUUCCUCCAGUGUUUGUAGAGGAGGCUCCACCUCUUAAAGGGACAGUAGUGAUGUUUAGAGAUCAACACUAACAGAAUCCGUUCACUCUUCAGUCACACCAGACUUCAUUCACAAAACCCCUCGUUUAACAGCAGAACGUUGCUGCAGCAGAACGUUGCUGCAGCAGAACGUUGCUGCAGUAGAACUGAGUCUGAACGUCUCUACCGUCCCUUUAACGUUGGCGUGGGGAGUCAACACGUCUCCUCUGGUUAUCAGAGCAGACGGACCACAGGUCAAAGUUCAUCUGCUGCUCUUAGUUUCCUCUCCUUCACUCGUGGUGCUCCAGGUGUUUAGAGCUGCAGUGGAACCCUCAGAUCUUUCCUUCAGGCCUCCAGCAGAACGAUAUGGAAGAUUAAAAAUGUCAAGUCAAACAAUGAUGUGAACCUGUUUCUGUUUAGGACAAUUAUCAAAUGUUUUCUCUUUCAUAACAUGAAGUCAGAGCUUUGUUCUAGUUCAGACCUGCUGUUAUUGAUAAACAGUGACGAGGGUUUAUUCAUAAACAGUGACGAGGGUUUAUUCAUAAACAGUGACGAGGGUUUAUUCAUAAACAGUGACGAGGGUUUAUUGAUAAACAGUGACGAGGGUUUAUUCAUAAACAGUGACGAGGGUUUAUUCAUAAACAGUGACGAGGGUUUAUUGAUAAACAGUGACGAGGGUUUAUUCAUAAACAGUGACGAGGGUUUAUUCAUAAACAGUGACGAGGGUUUAUUCAUAAACAGUGACGAGGGUUUAUUCAUAAACAGUGACGAGGGUUUAUUCAUAAACAGUGACGAGGGUUUAUUAAACAUGAUCACGUUUCAUCGUUUUCACAUCUGUCCAAUCAGACCUGACCUCUGAUCGACUUUAUGAACGGCGUCCUCACUGUGUUGUGAUUUGAUUUCUAGUUAUGAAGACAGACGCUCUUUGUCCUGAACAUGUUUCUUGUUGAAUGAUGUCGGUGAACGUUCACAUAAAGGAAACACAAAUCACCUGUGUUUAUAUUUCACUUCUCUUUGUUUCAUUUGGGCAUUUUACAAUCUUCUGUAGCUCAACGUGUUUGCAAUUUUCUAAUAAACUGUUCCAGAUGUUCUCACCCGUUCA